AUGGCGUGGAGAGGCGAGGGGAGGGGCCGGCCGCGGCCGCCGGGCGGCGGAGGGAGGAGCGCGGCGGCGGGCGGCGGGAGCGAGGCGCUCGGAGGCAGCCGCGCAGGCAUUGCAGCAGAGCCCCGAACUCGGGAGGCGGCGGCGGCGGCGGCGAGGUGGGGACGGCACGGCCCACGCCCGCCCGUGGCCUCGCGUCCGCCACUGCACCCGAAGGGAAGAGCUCGCCGGGCGCCGGGGGAGGUCGGGCGCGGGCGCCUCCGCGGAGCGAGCCGGACGGAGCCCGGGCGCGGAGCCGCGGCGCCUCGGGAAAUGUUUGGAUUGUGAGCUGUUUCAGAACUCUGUUCUCAGGA